AUGUCAUUCAAGAGAAUCUUGUCACAAGCAAAUGCUUUUGCAAUAGUUUUUACCAAAUCAAUCAGAAAUUAUUCUUCAACAUUAUGUUUAGACAAAAAACAAAAGGUGUCAUCAGUGGUUUCGGCAAGAGAUCAGUUAAUAAUUUUUGGAAAAUAUGUGGCAGAGUGUAUCCCAAAAUAUGUGCAAAAAGUUCAGAUAACUUCCACAGAUGAAUUGGAGAUUCUCGUCGUACCAGAUGGUUUGUUAUGCGUUUCACAGUUUCUCAAAGACCAUCACAACUGCCAGUACGAAGGACUAAUGGACGUUACUGCAAUUGACGUACCAAGUAGAGAGUACCGCUUUGAAGUGAUCUACAAUUUUCUAUCAUAUCGCUAUAAUUCCAGAUGCAGAGUCAAAACGUACACAGAUGAGUUAACACCUCUGGAAUCUGUAACAGGAAUUUAUAAAGGAGCCAACUGGCCAGAAAGAGAGGUUUACGAUAUGUUCGGUGUACUCUUCGCCAACCAUCCAGAUUUAAGAAGAAUCCUGACCGACUACGGUUUCCAAGGAAAUCCGUUCAGAAAAGACUUUCCCCUGAGUGGUUAUGUGGAGCUCAGAUAUGACGAAGAGAAAAAAAGAGUAGUCUGUGAGCCUUUGGAGUUAGCACAAGAGUUUCGCCAUUUCGAUCUUCAUUUCCCUUGGGAGACCUUCUACAAGUAUCGGACGAAGCAAGAAAAAAAUAAAGAAUUGGAGAUCCAAAAAGAGAAACACUUAAAUAAAGAAGAACAUUUAAAUAAAAAAGAACACUUAAUUAAAGAAGAUAAAAAGUGUUGAUAAAAAAAUGUUCUAAGUUUGGAUUUUUAUAAGAAUGUUAAUUAUACGUUUU